GAAGGUUCAUCACUUUUGAUUGCAUAUUUCCACCUUUCAAUACUGACCAUUAUAUCUCACGAUAAUGUGGCGCAAGAGCAGCAACAGGUCAGAUUCUCAAGCUCUGCCAGAAGAUACGUCGAAGGAAGAAACCACCACAGGUACAGUCAUGGGUUUAGAGAAGAUAAAUCAGCCAAUUGCUCCAUCAUUCGGGAACCAUGACCUUUAACAAUCACAUACCGAUCUUCCGCCAGCGUGCAGUCUUGCAGCAACAAGUUCAGCAGAGGAAAGGGUCAAAAGCAAAGACUCGCCCAUGCCAGAUGAGACAGUCGCUGAGAAUAUAAGGGAACUGGAGCUUGAGAAGAAGCAAUUGUUGAAAGAUGAAGACAAGCAGAGAUAUGUAGUUGACGAAGCCUGGCUCGAGCGAUGUGAAGCUUGGAAUCGGUUCCAAGAGUCUGGCAUGAAGAAAGGACAGGACGAAUACCAUCAAAUGGCAGCUGCAUGGCAAAGGGUUUCAAACGCCAGAGAGGGGACUAGGUUGAGAGUUAGACGUAUAGAGCUAGAUAUCAAAGCUUUGCGGAAACAAGGCGGGGAUAUGCAGUUUUGA